GGCCGCAGAGCCGAGCGGUAUGUGGGCGCUCGCACGCCGCGCCGCCGCGGGUCUCCUGCCACGGACGGCGUCCGGGGCCUCGGCCUCGGUCGGGAUCCCGCGCGGGAGGGAGCCGAUCGGAGCGUGCGGCCACCGAGGCCUGCAGGUCACAACCAACGCGGCCUCCGCCGGCCGCCACUCGAGUCUGAGCCUCCACUACCUCGAUCAGAUUCUGAACAUCAAGAAGCAGAGUGUCUGUUUGGUACAUCUGAGGAAUUCGGGAACUUUGGACAACCCAAGCUCUCUAGACGAGACAGCUUAUGAAAGACUUGCGGAGGAGACGCUGGACGCCCUGGCAGAGUUCUUUGAAGACUUGGCAGACAAGCCCUAUACCCUGGAGGACUAUGAUGUCUCCUUUGGGGGCGGCGUGCUAACCGUCAAGCUGGGCGGUGAUCUGGGGACCUACGUGAUCAAUAAGCAGACUCCAAACAAGCAGAUCUGGUUAUCAUCUCCCUCCAGUGGCCCCAAGCGCUAUGACUGGACGGGGAAGAACUGGGUGUACUCCCACGACGGCAUGUGCCUGCACGAGCUGCUGGCCAGGGAGCUGACGGAAGCCUUCAACACCAAACUGGACUUGUCUUCCUUGGCCUAUUCGGGAAAAGGCACCUGAGCACCUGCCAGAUUCAAAGACAUUAAACGGAGCCCGGCCUUCUUCUGUG